CCAUAUAAAGGAGGAGAAUCCAUACCAGAGAGAACAGAAAGUUGGAACACCUUCAGAAAAAGGAGAUAAAGGAACGCCAAGAUCCAGGUAAAGCCAACAUUCCGUGUGCCAAUGAGAGGAGCGUUCAAAGGCUUAAAGGGGACGCCCACUUUUGUGGAAAAGAAACAAACAAAAAACUCUCUUUGCUACACGGAUCGACUUAAAGGACACAUCCACUUCUUGUUGAGUAAACAAAAUAGAUUUGUUUGGAUUAUUCAGCUGGCGUGAUCGGUGUCCGGUGUCCGGUGUCCGGUGUCCGGUGACGGGACCAACAUUUGGCUUCUCUACCUAUUCCUGUACGAACACAGAAUCCCAGGAUGGACCCCAAAAUGUUUGACAUGAUGGCUGAACAGAUGAAGAACAUGUCGGUAGAAAUGGAGCUUGUGGACGGGGUCCUCCUCCCGGACACCACCGUGGAAAUGUGGGACCAGUUCUGGAACUUCCAGGCACGUGAAGACGAUAUCCUUAUUGCCACAUUUCCUAAAGCAGGUACCACGUGGAUGCAGGAGAUCGCGGACCUGAUCCUGUUACAGGGCGAUGUGGAGAAGAGCAUGCGGGCCCCCUGCUUCAUCAAAGUCCCCUUCCUAGACUUGAACGCCAAACCAUUCCCAUCAGGAGUGGAGGCCGCUGCUAAAAUGCCAUCCCCUCGUCUGCUAAAAACGCAUAUGCCAAUAAAGCUGCUGCCACCAUCUUUUUUGGAGAAGAACACCAAGGUCAUAUAUGUGGCCAGGAAUGCCAAGGACUGCAUGGUGUCCUACUACUACUUCCAGCUGAUGAACAAGGGUCUGCCGGACCCCGGGACCUGGGAUGAGUACUUCUCAACUUUUCUGGCUGGAGAGGUGGCUUGGGGAAGCUGGUUUGAUCACGUCCUCGGAUGGUGGAAAGCAAAAGACAAACCCCGAAUACUCUACAUCUUCUAUGAAGACAUGGUUGAGGACCCAAAACGAGAGAUAAAGAAGGUCAUUGAGUUCCUGGAGAAAGACGUGUCCGAGGAGGUCCUCGAAAAGAUCCUUCAUCACACGUCAUUUGAAGUCAUGAAAGAUAAUCCAAUGGCCAACUAUAGUUGCCUACCAUCUCAAGUGAUGGAUCAGUCUGUCUCCAAAUUCAUGAGGAAAGGCAAAGUCGGAGAUUGGAAGAAUCACUUUUCAGUGUCUCAAAACAUUUUGUUCGAUGAAGAAUACAAGAAGAAAAUGGAAGGGAGUGGACUGACCUUUCGAGAAGUACUAUGAGAUGCACCAAAAGCUGACCUCAUGGUUGGCCAACAUUGAAAGAAAUUUGUUAUCCCAUUUGGAUUCUGUCUA